AUGCGAGUCUUCGUCAAGACUCUCACUGGCAGGACGAUCGACCUCGAGGUUGAAUCAUCAGACACAAUCGACAACGUCAAGUCCAAGAUUCAAGACAAGGAGAGUAUCCCACCAGACUAGCAGCGCUUGAGGACGACCGCACUCUAUCCGCCUACAACAUCCAGAAAGAGCCCACCCUCCACUUGAUCCGCCGUCUCCACCUGCGUGGUGGUAUACAUAUCUUCGUCAAGACCCUCACAGGCAAUACCAUCACCUCCCUCGACGUCGAGAGCUCUGACACCAUCGACAACGUCAAGUCAAAGAUACAAGACAAGGAGGGCAUCCCACCAGACCAGCAGCGCCUGAAGGCGGCCGUACACUCUCCGACUACAACAUUCAGGAGGAAUCGACACUGCACUUCGUCCUCCGUCUCCACCUCCGCGGUGGUAUAGAGAUCUUCUUCAAGACCCUCACAGGCAAGACCAUCACACUCGAGGUUGAAUCGUUAGAAUCGUCCGGCACCAUCGACAUUGUCAAGUCCAAGAUGAAUCGUCCAGUGACAGAAGAAGACUACGCACAUCAGUUUGUCCAGAAUCUCCUCCGCAAUAUCUCUCCCGCGAACCGCGAGCCUGUCGUCCGCAACUGGCUCAGUAGCAACAUUCCCCUCCAUGAUCGCAUGAGCUGGAAAAUCUUGGCCUUCUGGACUCUUUACAGGCGCGAAUGGCCUCAGCAGGCCUCGGCCUUGGAGCAAGAUGAUCGUUUUGCGCUCCCGCUCUCCGCCGCCCUCCAAUCCGCCUCGACGCAGGCAACUCGGCAUCAGAAUGCUCGUCGACGGGUCGAGAACAAUUGGCCUGGAUGGGAUUGGCGGAUCCCAGACAAUCGUGCGCCGCCUGAUGCGUGGUCUUUUGGGUUGUUAGAGAAGAUGGGAACGCUGAGUUCGCAGACCAGAGGGUCCGACUAUGCUGCGAUCGCGGAACAGCUCGCUGCGGAGGUGAGAACGAGGUGUUUUUUUGGCGCCAGUGGGCCUUUCUUGACGCCGAGGGAUGUGGCCGCUGUUGUUGUAAAGCAUAAGUCCACAGCUAGCUCCGCCGCUCCUCCCUCCGCCGCUCCUCGCUCCUCCACUUUCAUCAUGGACGCACCAUCGGCGCUUGCUGGAUCUUCCAGCUUCAUCACCAAUCCCGGAGAGGAGACCGUGGUGCAGCAGACCAAUAACGACGUGAGUCUGAGGUCUGCUGCACCCGUUCCCUCUCACGGCAAAGAAGUGGAACCAUCGCUGCCUGACGAUGAUGAAGACGACGAUGAGACGGGGGCGGAAAUUGAAACGGGCCGUGCUGGGAGAUCGCCGCUUUUGCCGGACGAUGAGACCUCUUUGUCGCUGCAGAUGCAGCCAUCGCAAAGUAAUGGCAAUGGACAGAGCCUCCUGAGUCCCGCCGAGGCAUCUCCAUCUCCAUCACCACCACCUCCACCAGCUCCAGCUCCAGCUCCUGCGCCUGCGCCUGCGCCAGAGCCAAGAAGGAGCUCGCGGCAAAAGAGAGCCGCACCCUCUCCCUCUCCAUCUCCUCCCUCGCCAGUGGCGAAGAGGCCGAAAAAGCCUCGAAGAACUGCUGCUGCUGCUGCUGCUGCCACCACCACCACCACCACCGCUACCACUACCACUACCGCCGCCGCCGCCGAAACGGCUGGGAGCCGUAUUUUGGCUCAAUUUGACGAGCGAGUCUCCGCGGAGACGGAUCCCCAACGCUUGGAAGAAGCUCGCCUGGCGCGAGAAGCUGUUUUGGGUGCGCUGCCGGGCUGGUUUUUUAGGUAG